AUGGAGGCGACGGCUACUGCAGCCAAGGACGGGGAUAUCGACAACGCAGACGCCGCACGUACUCCAGGAGAAAUGGAGACUGUUAUUGUUCCUGUUACGGCUGCCCUUCUUGUAUCCGAGGAGAUUACGGUCGAAAUAGAGGCGGUGGUUGAUGCAGUCGAGGAGGCAAACACCGACAAAGUUGACGAUCAGAAGGAUGAUGAGGAGGGAGGCGAUGACAACAAGGAUGGUAAAGAUAAUGUCUGGCAGGAAGGGGACCUUUAG